ACCACGCCCACUAACUCCAGUUCUGGGAUCGCCCCACCCCUUUGGAGGAGCAACGCGCAGGCGUUCCCUGCAGCCACGCCCACCUUCCCGAUUUGACACCACCCCCAGUCGAAGGAAUACGCAGGCGCCUUCCAGACGCGCCAGCCCCUUCAACUCAAAGCGCUGCCUUGAGCUUAGUACUACGCAGGCGCUAACUAGCCCCUUUGCCAGCUGCCCACCCCUUUCCAAGUGGCCACUGGGACACCCCCCCUGCGGCUAAUGCGCAAGCGCCACUUUUCCCGACUCGUUGGGGCAGUUUCGUUACGCAUGCGCGGGCGGCGGCGGGAAACCACGGAAUUUACUGCCGGAAGUUCGGCGGCCUUCGCCAAAGAGUGUGGGCUCGGCUAGCAAGCUAGAAGGGCUUGUUUCCGCCCCGCUACCGGGCGGGGGCGGCCAUCUUAGAUGCGUGCAAUUAAGGGCUUUGGCGGGAUUGGCUCCGCGUUUGGGCUGGUCGGCUGCUCCCCACCUACCAGGGUCGGAGCCGGAGCCCUUCCCCGCGGGGGCGGGGACCUCCAAACAACCGACUCCUUUCCAGGUGAAGGGUGACUUGGGUACGUUGGGGCUUUGAGCGAGCCUCCCCGCACCUUCCCAUAGGACCCCAGGACAGACUCUGCGUCCUCGCUGACCCGCCCUAGGCUGAAGAAACACUUAAAUUCUGGAAAUAGCGACUCAGUAUCAUGGCCAGCAGCCUUAAUGAAGAUCCAGAAGGAAGCAGAAUCACUUAUGUGAAAGGAGACCUUUUUGCAUGCCCGAAAACAGACUCUUUAGCCCACUGUAUCAGUGAGGAUUGUCGCAUGGGCGCUGGGAUAGCUGUCCUCUUUAAGAAGAAAUUUGGAGGGGUGCAAGAACUUUUAAAUCAACAAAAGAAAUCUGGAGAAGUGGCUGUUCUGAAGAGAGAUGGGCGAUAUAUAUAUUACUUGAUUACAAAGAAAAGGGCUUCGCACAAGCCAACUUAUGAAAACUUACAGAAGAGUUUAGAGGCAAUGAAGUCUCAUUGUCUGAAGAAUGGAGUCACCGACCUCUCCAUGCCCAGGAUUGGAUGUGGUCUUGAUCGUCUGCAAUGGGAAAAUGUAUCUGCGAUGAUCGAGGAGGUAUUUGAGGCAACAGACAUCAAAAUUACUGUGUACACACUCUGAACCAGUGAACAUUUUGGAUGUUUCCGUGUUCUCCUGUGUCAUCUCUACUGGGCCAUAAGACUGGGCAAACCUACGUUAAAAUAGGCAGAGGAAAGUUUCAUGAGAAGUAGUGUGUUUAACAAGACAGACUUUGGUUGCUGUAUUCAAGUAUUUGGACUAUGACUGUGGAGGAGGGGUCGCUUAAGAUAUGCUGUUGUGUUUUUUUGCGGAAAAGUAAGGAGUAGGUGGCUUGAUAAUAGGCAGGGAAACCAGAUUGUCCGGACUAUGACCUUUUUCUCCAGUAUGCUACCUGAUUUGUUUGGCUGGCCACUAGGUGGCAGCAUUGGUUCUCCUUCUCUGCUUUUUAAGAGAAAUUUCAGUAUGGAUGAUCAUUCCAGUUAGUUUGGCAUUUUUUGUCGUUUGUGCACAUAACUUGGUGUUAUCCUUAUGUCAUCAGAUUCCUCCUAGGGGAGAGUUUUUGUUUUAAUUACAAAAUUAAAUUCUACAUUGUUACCAAGAAAUUUGUGGUGAUAAAAAUGGAAAAAUAAAAAUUUGGGGAGUUAGUGA